CAAGUAGGUUACAGAAAAAUCAACUCGCUUCGCUCUGGCCAACAAACUUCAAUAAGCAGAUUUAAUAUAAACAAAUUGAGGCGCAGCUCUUACACACCCAACGCUCAUCUACAAUGGAGUACAAACUGAUAACUGCCGAAUACUAUGAGCAGGUGAUUGAGCAUCUGCGCAAGAACUUCUUUGCGGAUGAGCCGCUCAAUCGGGCAGCGGGUCUGUGUCAACGCGGCGAUGGCAACCAUGAGCUGGAGCAUCAUAGCCUGAGCACGCUGGCGGAUCAGCUAAGCAUUAUGGCCAUAGAUACGCAGCAGGACAAGCAAAUUGCUGGCGUUAUACUCAACGGAGUGCUGCAUCCAGGCGAUACAGAGCAGGCGCUGCAGCAGCUACAGCAGAGCAGCGAUGAGAAUUACAAGACCAUAAUGCAGUUACUUUAUACGCAUAGCCUGAAGGCGAAUCUCUUUGAGCGCUAUCAGGUGCGGCGCAUCUUUGAUGUGCGCAUACUUUCGGUCGAUGCACGCUAUCGCGGCCAGGGCAUUGCCAAGGAGCUGGUGCGCCAAUCUGAGCAGCUGGCACGUCAAUGUGAAUAUUGCUUGCUCCGAGCCGAUGCCACUGGCAUAUUCUCGCAAAAGAUUUUACGCUCGCAGGGCUUUGAGACCUGCUCGGAGCAGCUGUAUGCCAAGUAUACAAAUGCCGAGGGCAAGAUUUUGCUACCUGUGGAGGCGCCACACAUCAAGCUGCAGCUGUUGACCAAAGUGCUGAGCUAUGAAUCGAAGCAGUAAAUAAUUACAAUUUUUUACAUACGGCAUAGUUUAUUUAUAUUGCUUUAAACACAUAUGUACGUUGUCUUUUAUUUAUAAUCAUAUUAUUUUGAAAUGGGGACCAGCUAUAAGCGCCAGCUUAUCGUUUACUUAAACAAUUGUUAAACUAAAGCACAAAAAUACAAAUACAAAUACAAAUACGCAAAAUACAAACGUGUUACAUAAAUUAAAUAAAA